UACGAUCUCAUAUUAAUUUUCAAGAAAUUGACACACAUGCAGAUUUUGAGGGUUGUGAUACAGUGAAAAUUACCCAUUCACAUCUAAAUAAAUGUGGACCUGAAUAAAAAAAAAACAUUCGAAAUGUCUUACAUAACGUCUGCCCUAACUGUGAUAAUACCGCUGGUCUUGAUCGAGACCAUAACUAGUUAUUCCCAAGACUACUUGUACUACACGAAGGUGCUAAAACUCAAACAAGGUGACAUACAGGGUGUCAUUGUGAGUCCUGACAACCCGAACGGUUUGUUAACGAAAGUGGAACGAUAUAGAGGGAUUCCUUAUGCAGCGCCACCUGUCGGAGACUUGAGGUUCAUGCCGCCCAGUGGCGCACCGUCUUGGAACGGCGUUAGAUACGCCGACAAUUUUGGACCUGUCUGUCCGCAGAUGUUUCCUGAUACGAAAGACAUGGCACCGCAGAGAUUGAAGGAGUUUUUGAGAUUGAGGGACUAUCUGAGACCUCAGAGUGAAGACUGCCUCUACCUCAAUGUUUAUCUACCGCAUAACCCUGAACGAGACAAAAGCGAGACCUAUCCUGUCAUAGUUUUCAUCCAUGGAGAAUCAUAUGAAUGGAACUCUGGAAACCCUUAUGAUGGUAGUGUUUUAGCUGCCUUUGCUGGAGUUGUGGUUGUUACAUUCAAUUUUAGACUUGGACUUUUAGGUUUCCUGAAAAUUGACAGCGGUGACGGAUUUGACUCCAACUUUGGACUCGUGGACCAGAUCGCUGCCUUGGUGUGGGUCCGAGAUAACAUUGGAGCCUUUGGAGGUGACUCCGGCAACGUGACGUUGUUAGGACAUGGUACGGGGGCAGCCUGUGCUAAUCUCCUUAUGUUGAGUCCCAUGAUACGACCUGAUAAUAAUCCGCUGUGCCACAGAGCGAUCCUGAUGGGAGGAACGGCCUUAGCCGAUUGGGCCUUGGCCAGCAAUCCGAGAGACGUCACCGAUCAAGUGUCCCGCGCCUUGGAAUGCGAAGUUGGCGACAAGGCCUGUCUCAGGGGGAAGCGACUGGACGAUAUUACGGGGGUCCACAUCUUUACGAAACCCUACUCCACCCGAUUCGGUCCCAUAGUCGACUCGGCCGUCAUCCCAAAUGACCCCCUGAAUUCGAUGACGAAUCUGAGUAGAUUUCAGAUUAUGUUUGGUGUAACAGAGUGGGAAAGCAAAGACAUGCUUGGACCUGAUGCCAUACAAUAUGGAAUGACCCAUAAGCAACGAGAUCGAGAACUGCUGAAGUACCUUGGAUUUACUUGUGAAAGGGUCCCAGACCUGUGCAGAACAUACACCGACAGUUACUUAGAGACUAUGGAAUCUGUUCGAAACGUCCUGCUAGAUAUACUAUCCGACGCUAGGACAGUUGCUCCAAUGGUGAAAAUGGGAUUGAUGCACUCUUCUGCAACAAUGCACUCCUAUUUUUAUGUCUUCUCACAUAAGACCAAAUCGAAGGAGUAUCUGGGUGGCAAAACAUCGACAGGCGACGAGCUACCCUACGUAUUGGGCGUCCCGCUAGAUGGCAACAGCCUCCAUUUCGUGGAUAAUUACACAAAGUACGAGGUAUUGUUCUCGAAGAUGAUCAUGACGUAUAUCCGCAAUUUCGCAUAUGGGGGGAACCCCAAUUCGUUCGUUGAGAGGAAGGGGUUUGAGGAAGACGAGAGGAAAGUCACAUUGAAGAUGCAAUACUGGCCAGAAUUCAACAAGGAGUUCCAGAGCUAUACCCUCUUAGAUAUUCCCAUUGCUACAUUCAGUCGCUACAGGCUGAAUAAAAUGCAAUUUUGGAACGACAUAGUCCCUAGAAUGUUACACCCUGCAGAGGAACAGAGAUCUACAGAGAUAAUACCUACACCAGCCACUCCAAAACGUCCUAAGGGCACACCUCCAAUCAUAUUUAGAUAUCCCUUCGAGCAUAGCUCACCUACAUCGAGUUACCAUGACAGAAAUGAAGAGGAGGCUAUUUUUGGCACUGUCGUAGAUGAGGGUGAAGACAGACCAGAUAAGCUUAAUAAAAUCGUUUACGGCACAGUCAUCAAUUCUAAUGAGCGAAAUCCUUCAGAGCUUCAAAAAGCCACAACUAUGAAUGUGAUAGUUAUUUCUGGAUUACUUUUUUUUCUGAUGAAUUUUUUGAUAUUCGUAGUUCUCUACUAUAAAUGUUACCUAGUGAAGAAGAACAGGCAACCUGAAAUGAUUCCUGAUGAAAUCGAUGGAGAUGUUGAAAACACGACAAAGAAGACGUUAUUCGGUAAUGAUCAAGAAUUCACAGCGAACGGAGGAGGUUUGGUCAAAAUGAUCAGUAAAUCUUCAAAGAGUGAUGAUGUUUAUGAAGCAGUCAAACAAGGAAGUCAAAACUCAAAGAAACAUAAACUGGUUCGGCAAUUAUCUAACAGUACUAUAGAUGCGCACACCAAAGUCAGAGAUUGGAUCGCAAAUGGAAUUUCAGGUAAAAAUAGUCCUAAAUUAUUGAAGAAAUCAAAACACCAUGUAACUCAAGAAGAUGAUAAUAUUCCAAAAACUACAAACGGUGAAAUAUUAGGGUUGAAACAAGAAUUGAAUUCAGAAUGUUCUACUUUGGGUAGGAGUCCAACGAGGCCUGUGAGUCCAGCAAUACCAGCGCAAACUUCAGAUAAAACCAAGCGCUUGAUUUUCAAACAAAACAGUCACAAUAGUUCCCAAGAUUCCAGAAGACGUGAUAAGGUUUCUGUUGCUAUAGACGCAACUCCUUCAGGUAGAGGUCCUAGCGUUCUUGCGCAACAACCGAUAGAACUUUCAAAGUCUCUAGAUUUUGGUGCAGGGUCCUCUAAGACACCCCUGCGAAGAUCUGCAACGAUGGAAGAUUUUUCCGCCAAAACUGUUAACCAAAUUGAGAGCCUGACUCAAAGUGUUAACAGUUUAACAUCUCAACCAACAAUAGUAAAAAUCUCUCAUUCACAUUCGAAGUCUGACCCAGUAGAAGAUAUCUACGUCUCAAGUAAAAGUAAGAAGUUGAAAACAUUCGAUCCUCAAGCGAAUGUGAACGUUACCUCAUGCGAUGAUAAGAAGAGCUCUCGACCACUAAGUCCAGAAGAGUCGUUAAUGACAAUAAAGAGGAGAAAUUUUCCGAAAGUACUGCCUGAUUAUCCCACAAAGGAAUCUUUGGCCCAAAAGAGAAGGUCUAUGCCAGCUCCAAACCUCAGCAUUCCCAUAAACGAUUUGAGGGGUAGAAUAAAAAUGCCUCCUGCUCCUCCAGUAAGAACCACUUCAACCCUUGGGAGGAAACCUCAACCUCAACCUGAGAUGGUUUGUAAUUCUGCUCCGGUUUUAUUGGAAGAAAGUUCUUCGUCUCCGGAACCAGAAUUGACCUAUAAUAAUCUUUACGUGGGUCCAUUGAUUCCCAAGAAGAACAAUAAUCCAAAAAAGGAUCUCCUGGAUACGAAUCCAAUAUACAGCUCUUUGAGUGCUUUGAAAAGGCAGGAAGCUGUGAACAACGACAAGGUCCAACCAGUGGCAAUUGUCACAACUGAUCCUAACAAUCCAAUAAAGAAACCUGAACCAAAAACUGUGAUACGUCCGAAAAUGGUUAGGCAAAUUAGUGAUCCUAAAUCUAGGGUUAUUCCCAGGGUCACAGCAACCGACAACAUGCCGGGACACCACCAUAUACCCACAAAGAAUGAGAAUGAAGACUCCAAAUUGUCGAAGAUCGUGGAGAACGAGAAAGAUAGGAAAGAUCAAUCAAAAAGCCAGAGACCGACGUUGAUUCCAACGCCUAUUAAGAGUCAGAACAAUGCGAACAAAAGCCAUUCGAGCUCCGAAACGUCACCUUCUGAAGAAUCAGACACAGGAACCGUUGUCCCUAAGAGAAAAGAUGAAAAAUGAUUAGAAAAUCGAUUGGUCGACUGGAGGGGACCUUGAUGAACCUCUUCGAAAUUACAACAAAAAAUUUUCGUCUUGUUUCUAUCCAGAAUUUAUCACCCUGAUCGAUUUGCCUGACUCAUCGGACGAAAUUUAAAUAAGUCGUAUAUCAACGUCAUGGCAAGCUGAGCCAUUGAUUCACGAUUUAUAGAUCCCCACGUGUCGACGUAUCAGGCAAUUUAACUUUAAACUUCGUAUUAUAAUCAGGAGAUCUUUCAAUUAGGACGUCGACUCGCCGUGCUAUAGACUGUUAUGGGAGUUGAUCGGAGUGAUUUAUAGAGUGAUAUGACGUAAUAUGGGGCUGGAGUCACCAAGUUCGAGACUGAAGUAAUAUCAAGAGUUGUUAAAUUUUAGAAAUUUCCAAAUCUAAUCUAGGGCUAUUAUUAUUAUUAUUUAGGCAUUUUUGGAAUUCUGAAUAUGCAGGGUGUUCCUGAAUUGAUGCGGAAUAAAUCAAACAGUUAAUUCUGAGCUGAAUCCGAUGAAGAAUCUCUCAUAAUUUGCUUUGGUGGAAUUGCUGUUUUGACAGUGGUUGCAAUUGAAAUAUAAGUUGAUGUGUUCACAUUCUCCAAUUUGGAAAAUUGUUUGUAGAUGAGAAAUUCAAUGUACAACUUCCGUUUUUUUCUCUAGGCAACGCCCUGUAUUGCACCCCUCAACAAAUCUACGGGGUAUUAAAGCUCUGUGAAAAAAAAAAUUCAAAAGAGUACUAUAUUAUUUGCAUUUGCAGUAUUUGGUCCAUUAAAACUGCUGUAUCAAUUCGAACACACCCUGUAUAUUAAAAAUCAGCAUCGAUCGAAGCAUCUAAUUUUUAAACAAAAAAUUGAACUCAAUUUAUAAAAAAAAAGUACUGCAAAAUGAGCAGAACAGAUAUUUAGACAAGGCCCAACAUUGAAAAAGUGUUCUUUUUCAUAAAAUGUUAAUUGAAAUUGAAUUUCGUCAUUGUUAUGAUGUAUUUAGAAUAAAUUUGUACAUACAGUAUUUUAAUAUCAUUAAGAAAUAGUUUGAAAAUCUUAUUUUAUACCUCAAUAAAGUGAUUUGAUAA